AUGGUUAAAAAGUCCUUGCGGUGCGUGAACAAGGCCGCUGAGAGCGCGUCUGCACGUCUCUGUGCAGACGCCGAAGCAGAAACCGCUGCAACCGAUGUGUCAUCGGUUGCUAAAGCGUCUCAGUCUGUGUCACCUGGUGAUGCAGGCGCUCGUCAUGAAGACACUCAUGUCUUCACAGAGUAUGAGCUCGGUGUUUCAUACUCUCCUGAUACGGAAUACGGAUCCGUAACGAAGGCGAUUGAAACCGAUCCGCCUGCAAAGCGUGGCAUGGAUGAUGCUACGCGUCGUAGCAUCUUUGGUUCGUCUGCCGAAUCAGGUGAACCAUCGCCGAAGCGAAGGCGCUCGAGGUCGCGAGACUCGGGCGCUAACAGUGGUGUCGGUUCUCCUAUGGACACCACUACGCAACGAGGUGCCAGUACUUCUGUCGGCGCAUCGCAGGAAGAGCGGGACCGCAAUGUCUUGCGUCUCGCUCCCGAGAAGAAGGCAUGGAUGCCUCCAAAGUCAGUCAGGGAUCACUUGUCGGCGACGACGAGUGAUCGUUAUCGAACACGGUUGUUCGAUUCGUCAAGGAUUUAUCUCCGUCCUGGAUCACUUGUCGGCGACGACGAGUGA